AUGCCGAUCGACGCCGACGCUUACAUGGCAGGCGCCAUCCCCGCCCUCUCCCGUGGCGGGUCAUGGGUCCCGUACGACACAUCAGCCACUUCCCAAGCUACACCCACCAGUCCCGGCGCCGCCGGCAGCGCGCAUAUGCCAGUGAGCCAGCCCUCGAUCUACGCCGGUAUGCAACAGCAAGCGAUGGGCGGCUUCUUCCAGAAUCCGCUGAUGUUGGGCCGGAUGGCGGCUUUUGGCGGUUCUGCAACGGGCCCUCCGUCUGCCUCUACCGCGCCCGCGAGACCCGUGUUGAACAGAGGGGUCUCGGGUGGAGGUCUGCGGCGGUUGCCUGAAUCGCCCCAUCAUCGAGCGGGAACGGCGAGUGUGGCCGGUCAGAGCAGUCAGGGGAGUCAGCCAGGCAGCCCUUUGCGAUAUGGCGGGUGGUCAGGAGCAGGCGGACUACAGGGGGAGCCUGCGUCGGCCGGCGGUGCCGAGAGCUUACCGCUGAGCGAGGUUCAGCGGGAAGAGGAAAGGAGAAAGUCCCGCUCUCAACCCAGGAUGAAGCGCCCAGACCGGCUCGGGCUGAGUGUGACGAUCGAUGAGCGGGUCGGGUAUAGCCCGUCCAGUUCAGUGUAUAGGCCGUCACCACUUAGUGCGAGCUUUGCAGACAAGGAAGAUCGCUCACCCUUCUCUCCGCUUCACAAGUCGGCUCGUCCCACCCGUCCAGCACUCAGUCGGCGACACACCGAGCAGGUCGGGACACCCCCUCCGCCCCCGCCGUCAGCUCGCGUCAGAGUCGUGUCUAAUCCCCAUCAUUCUUUCGACAUGCGCAACAUGGUCGAUGCGCUAUCCCAGAGCGACUCUCGUAGGCCGGAGAAGUACCUCUCGCCCUCCGCUGCCGAGGGUUACGAUCGAUACGUCGCCCAUCCGGCCAUUCCAUCCCCUACCACCAUCGACAGAUCCGCCCAACAGCAGCAAUUGCAGCGCGAGGCGUUCGGUAGUCAGCCAGUCAGCGGAACGCAGAACGCAGAGUAUAUUCCCCUGGGGUAUGCGCGGCCAACCAGAGAGCUCGAGUGGAACAGGGAUGGGCCAGCGAUGAAGACGCAUGGAGUGGCAUGGAAGAGGGACGCGGCGGUGCUUGCUUCCGCGCCGGAGGGGCCAAGAUGGGUGCAAGCCAGACCGCCGAGGGAAAUGGCGGUGCAGGGAGGGGGUUGGUGGGAGAGCGGAGGCGAGUAA